CCGUCAGACUGGUCUGUUAACCGCUUGGUGCCGCCUGUGGGAGAGAAACACGGAAGAGUUCAUUCAAGGCGUUUGGGGAUCCUCGCGGACACACGUACUCGAGUUUCUCCCGGUAAACAUGCUCCGGUGACGCUUCUCCAAUGCGUCCUCGCGUUUUACUCUCAUUCGCAGCGGUUUUAAGUGGAGAUGUCUGGAAACACUUUACUGCAUGGACUGAUUCUCUUAUAUUCAAUUCACCCGCUCGUGCUCGCCGAAAAACCGGAUGAUGGCUGUGGUCAUUAUGUCCUCGGUCAAGAGAGUGGUGUCUUGUCCUCCAAGAACUACCCAGGAACUUACCCCAACAACUCCUGGUGUGAAUGGCGGCUUCACGUACCAAUUGGCCACACUAUUGUCCUUAAGUUUGGAGACCUGAACGUGGAGAAGAAGGACUGUGAUUCUGACUAUUUGAAGGUUCUGAAAGGAUCGUAUGGGGCAGAAAAUGUUUACUGGGAGUACUGUGGUGGUCCGAUGCCCAAGCUUACACAGAUCCACACAGACUCCAGUGAAGUGACCGUCCGCUUUCGCAGCAGCCAGCACAUCUCUGGAAGAGGAUUUCUGCUUUCAUACUCCACUGAAAACCACAAAGAGCUGCUGACAUGUUUGGACACAGGCAGUCAUUUCCCAGCAGGAAAGAAGUACUGUCCGGCCGGAUGUGCAGCAGUGACGGGAGACGUGUCUGGGGACAUUUCCCUGGGCUAUAGACAUACAUCAGUUUUGUGUAAAGCAGCGGUGCAUGCUGGGGUCAUCAUGGAUCAGUUUGGAGGACCAGUCACAGUGGAGGAGCACCGAGGGCUCAGUCGUUACCCUGCGGUCAGAGCCAACGGCAUCCAGUCAAAAGAUGGCUCGUUGUCUGAAACCCUCUUCACGUUUGUGAUAAAUGAUUGUAGCAGACAGACUGUUCUUCAACCUGUGAGCACUAAUACAAACCUGUCAUCACACAAUAUCUCUUCUGACGGGUCUGAAGUCCACUGGUUUCCUUAUAGCACCCAGCCAGCUGUUGCUGAUGACUUUAAAAAUAACCAUCCCAAAUGGCUCCAGAUUGACCUCGGAGAAAAGAGGAGGAUCACAGGUAUUCAGACCACAGGCUUGACCAUCACAGGCUUUGAAUAUUUUGUCAAAAACUAUAAGAUCGAGUACAAAGAUAGGAGUCGCUGGCGAACAUUUGUCCAGUAUAAUAACUCUGAUGAAAUGAUCUUUGAAGGAAAUACUGACAGCCUCCACCAAACACGCAACAGCUUUCAUCCCUCCAUCGUAGCACGAAGCAUUCGAGUCGUACCUCAACAGUGGCACCGGACAAUCGCCAUGAGAUUGCAGCUUCUGGGCUGUCCUUACGUUAAACCCAUCCCAGUGAAUUCUUCAUCUACAGUGAUGCAGGAGGCCCGGCCUACACAGUCCAUUCACAGGGACAUGACCAAGCCACUGGCCUCUCACGCUGAUCUUGUUAAUCUGGUCAUAAUACUUGUGCCAACCAUUCUGCUUGUGGUCCUGCUCUUUGUGGGAAUCUGUGUGGUUAAAAUGCUAUACACUAAGAAGACAAAGGAGAACACGUAUGGCUCUGCGGAGACACAUACAGGCUGUUGGAGGAAGAUAAAACAGCCGUUUGCCAGGCACCAGUCCACAGAGUUCACCAUCAAAUACAGCUCUGAGAAAGACCCCAUCCAGAAGCUGGACCUGGUAACCUGUGCAAUGGCAGCUGAGUACCAGCAGCCUCUCAUGCUCGGCACAGACACGGUGUCCCGCAAAGGCUCGACGUUCAGACCCAUGGACACUGAAGACAAAGACAUCGAGGCUUCUUCUCACUACGACCACCUGCAGACGGGCAUCCAGUAUGCCCUGCCUCUGACCAAUCAGGAGCCAGAGUAUGCCACGCCCAUCAUCGAGCGCCACGCCUUCCGCAAAGAUCCCUUCCUCCUGGAUCCCAGCUACUGCGUCCCAGGCGUGGUACUAAACAAAAGCCCGUCAUUUCGAGCAGUGGAGGGCAGCAACUGUAGGACAGUGAUCGGAGGGCUUGCAGGGAGCAAUCGGACGCCCCACAUCGCAACAGACAGGGGGAAUUACCCAGAGGACAUCUAUGACAGCCCUAAGAUCCUGAAACCCGUCGUGCAGAACGGGAGUUGCUCGGAGUACCAGAGACCUCAGAUUAAAUCCCCAGUUCAACAGUGCUAUUCCACUCCCAGAGACUGCGUCAGACUGCCUUUCUCCGGACUCAGACCGGACCCAGAGGGCAGCAGCUCUGAAGGAAGCUGAGAAGAACCGCUCUGUGAUGUGCCUGAUUUACCCGACUCAACAAAACACCUCCAGUCUCUUUAACUUAUUUGUGCAUGAGGGACAGCUUGUUUCUGCAUUUUUGCGGAGGCUGCCAGAUGCCAACACUUUGUGUAAUUUAACAAAAAAAAAAGUGUAUAUAUGAUGUAUUUUGUCCAGACAUAUCAUGAUUUUGAUUCAAUUGUCCUGUUUUUUUCCACGUUCUUUCCCUAUGGAGACAAACUGUGAAUGCGAGCCAGAUUUUCAUGUAUUCUACAAUAUGACCAUCAGACUCUGCUUUGAACAUCCAUAAAGGGCAGUUUCACUGAUUUUUCAAUCAGAUUUUUUGGUGUCAUUAGUAAUAUGUAUAUGCACAAUCUAUACUCUUUCUCCAUUAAUUUGCCAGCAAAAAGACGUUUAAUUGCCAGGUGAUGUGUUUCGCAUAAUCUUACAGACUUUUGACAUAAACUGAUGUAUUUGGGUUGCAGAUAACAUGGAAAGACUAUAAGUUGUUCAUUUUGAUAUACUACUGACAUUUUUAACAAUACAAAACUGGUUGAAAAUCUAUGGACUAUGGACAAAAAACAUAUUUUAGAAGCAGAUCAAAAGAUCUCCUGUUGGAAGAAGGGGAUGUUUUGGAACUGGAGUAACACAAGUUCCUGAGCAGUUACUUUGGUCCGUCUCCUUUAGGACCAAGAACCAUUCUGUGUUCAUGUCCCUACACCAGUCAAACCAAAUGAAAUGACUUGAAAACACCAUUAAUAUAGCCUAACAUUGGAAGCAAGCUCUGUCGAUGCGACAAAAUUAGCUUGAUCCUGUAAUGCAAGCAAAAUGCUGCUGCUCUUUUUCCAGCGUAUAUUGAGUGUAAGGGUCGUAUUAUUACAUUUUGGAUCAUUUCUCAUCAUCACUCAUUCUGUUGUAUGCAAUCGUGCAAUCGAAUCUCAAAGGUUUCUGAUCUUUCUUUAAUGCUGAAUAUUGUUGUGCUCACUCUGUUGUUUUAGACGUUCCCAUUGUUCCAGGUGAAAACUGGCUGUUUAAAGCAAUAACGGACUAAAAAUUGUCUUUAUUUGGAUUGUCUAAAGUAGUAUACAUAUGUAUGUACAGGUUUGAAAUGUAUAUUUAGUUUUAAAAAAAGAGAGAGAGAUGUUACUUUGUGCUGUCAAUGAUUAUUUAAAGGGAUAGUUCACUCAGCAAUUGUUUAUUCAUUCUCAUUUAAUUACAAACCCAUAUGAAUGACUUUAUUUUAUGGAAUAUGAGAAGAAAUUAUAAAUUGUGGGAAAUAAGUUCAAAAUAUCCCUUUCAAGAAGAUCUGUGAGUUGCUGCUGUUUAAGGGACAAUCCCUGUUAAAGAUUACUGACAGGUCUUAAUUUCUGUGAAAUGUUUUGGGGGAUGUGCGGAUGGUUCAUGUGUGAUACUGUAUGCCCGUGAGGAUCUGGUCAUGUUGAUGUGUUGAAGACGUGCUUUGCCUAUGAGAAUCUCAGUGCUGUGUUUGUGCUCCUCUAAACCCUGAUUAAAAGCACCAGUUGUUCAACCUG